AGCCAAUGCCUUGAGAAUUCCCCUCCACAAAGAAAUCCCAAGAUAUGGGGUUCACCAAUUCAUUACCUUUAAUGAACGAGAGCCCCCUUUCUCAAACAAGGAUGGCGAAGAAGAAGAAAAAGAAAUGUUGCUACAAUUUGCAAAGAUGGAUUACAAUAAGCUACAAGAUCUUUACCGACGAGAGAUUUGUGAAUGCAUGAGAUGGUGGGAAGAAUAUGUACCUAAAUAUCCUUAUGUGAGAAACAGAUUGGUGGAAAUGUAUGUGUUCGCACUCGUUGAUUACUACGAACCCUAUUAUUCACAUGCUCGCAUGAUAACCACCAAGCUUUUCAUGAUUUUAUUCGUUUUGGAUGAUACAUAUGAUUCAUACGGUACACCAAUGGAGCUUGAAUGCUUUACAAGUCAAAUCCAAAGGUUAGUUUCCAUUCAUGCCAUGUUUACAUGAUGGAUAUUAAAAUUAGUAUAUGUUUAAAAUUAGCAUACUCAUAAUGCUUUACAUUAUGAGUAUAUGUUUGCAUUUAAUAAAAUCAGUUUUUUCUUUGUAUUCAUCAAUUCUACAAUACCUGUUUUAGUUUAAGUGAAAAUAGAUGCACCCCUAGAGAAAUGCGAAUGCAUAAUAAUCAUUAAAAUUUUAACAAAAAUAUAUAAGUGAAAUGUUA